CAUUGAAAAAGACUCAUUUGAUCGAGAGAGAAAACGAAUCAUUUGAACCAAAAGCAUCUUUUUCUAUCUUAUCAAAUGCUUACUUCCUUCAAAUCCUCUAGCUCCUCCUCCGAAGAUGCCACCACCACCACCACCGAUAAUCCUCCUCCUUUAUGCCUCGCCUCCUCCUCCGCCGCAACUUCCGCCUCCCAUCACCUCCGUCGUCUCCUUUUCACCGCUGCGAAUUUUGUCUCCCAGUCAAACUUCACCGCCGCUCAAAACUUACUCUCGAUCCUGUCCCUUAACUCUUCUCCUCACGGUGACUCCACCGAGCGACUUGUCCACCUCUUCACAAAAGCCUUGUCCGAACGGAUCAACCGUCAACAACAUAAUCCGACGGCUGAAACGGUUGCCACGUGGACGACAAACGAAAUGACGACGAGUAACUCCACGGUGUUCACGAGCAGUGUAUGCAAAGAACAGUUCUUAUUUCGGACCAAGAACAACAAUUCUGAUUUCGAGUCUUGUUACUAUCUUUGGCUGAAUCAACUAACGCCGUUUAUUCGGUUCGGUCAUUUAACGGCGAACCAAGCGAUCCUCGACGCGACGGAGACAAACGAUAACGGAGCUCUACAUAUACUUGAUUUAGAUAUAUCACAAGGACUUCAAUGGCCUCCAUUGAUGCAAGCCCUAGCAGAGAGGUCAUCAAACCCUAACAGUCCACCUCCAUCUCUCCGCAUAACCGGAUGCGGUCGAGACGUAACCGGAUUAAACCGAACCGGAGACAGGUUAACCCGGUUCGCUGACUCUUUAGGUCUCCAAUUCCAGUUUCACACGCUAGUGAUCGUAGAAGAAGAUCUCGCCGGACUUUUGCUACAGAUCCGAUUGUUAGCUCUCUCCGCCGUACAAGGAGAGACCAUUGCCGUCAAUUGUGUUCACUUCCUCCACAAAAUCUUUAACGACGAUGGAGAUAUGAUAGGUCACUUUUUGUCAGCGAUCAAGAGCUUAAACCCUAGAAUCGUGACAAUGGCGGAGAGAGAAGCGAAUCACGGAGAUCACUCGUUCUUGAAUAGAUUCUCCGAGGCAGUGGAUCAUUACAUGGCGAUCUUUGAUUCGUUGGAAGCGACGUUGCCACCAAAUAGCCGAGAGAGACUAACCCUAGAGCAACGGUGGUUUGGUAAGGAGAUUUUGGAUGUUGUGGCGGCGGAAGCAACGGAGAGAAAGCAACGACAUCGGAGGUUUGAGAUUUGGGAAGAGAUGAUGAAGAGAUUUGGUUUCGUUAACGUUCCUAUUGGAAGCUUUGCUUUGUCUCAAGCUAAGCUUCUUCUUAGACUCCAUUAUCCUUCAGAAGGAUAUAAUCUUCAGUUCCUUAACAAUUCUUUGUUUCUUGGCUGGCAAAAUCGUCUCCUCUUUUCAGUUUCAUCGUGGAAAUGAUCCAAAGAGGAGGAAAAAAAAACAAAUUCUAGGUCUAAUA